AAAUGUAUGAGUGGAAACGAUACAGAAAUAGCAAUUUACUGUUUUCAACCGUAGAUAGUACUGACAAGCUCGGAACAUUAGCAAACGGACGGACAAAUUUAUUCCAACGAGGCGACUUCGAAAAUCUUUUGUGAUUAUUUUACAAAUGAAAAUUUUGUCGAAGCAACUAAUGUGAAUAAGUGGGCUUUUAUGUCCGGAAAAAAGGUUUUAAACCUAUUCAUCUGCUAAAUAAGUGUGAAGUAUUGAAAUAUUCCUAAAGGAAAAUUUCUUGAUUUGUGCGUGCGUGCGUGCGUGGAUUCUGCUUGAACGAAAGUAGCUAGGCAUAUAAAAAAAUGUUUUGACGCUUAAAACACCUUCGAUAACUAAGACGACAAACAUAAGCAGAUAAAAUAAUAUUAUAUAAAUUGUAUCAUCUUUACUUACGGUCUCGUUGUGAAUUAAAUAUCCAUUUACCGAUACAUACACGCGAUAUUUGAGGAUUCGCAGUAUUUCAGCAUAGUCGUACUAGACAACUUUGUCGUUCAUGUCCAUUGCCCGUUGUUACAUACUGUUAAAAUCGUCUUGAACAUCGGUUCAGAUCACCUUUUUCCGCUUCAAAACUUUUGUAUAAAAUAAAAUAAUAUCCGUUAAUAUGUUUACAUCUUACUUAAUUACAAAUUGUGAAAAUCGAAGAAUUUAAUUUUUCUUUUUUCUGGUCGAGGUGUCUAAUGAAUGUGGAGUGUGCGUGAGCUUUUGUCGUCAGGUGCGUCUUUAUUAUAUCCCUCAAUUUCCAAAAUAAAUAUACGGCAAAAGCAGACAACGCGACCAAAGAAAAUAGCUAAAACGGAGCGAAAAUCAAUUCAACGGCCAAACUCUAUAAACCCGACAAUUAAUUGAUGGCUCAAUUCAGUAAAUACUCUUAACGGAAUAUGUAUUUCAAAGCAAAAACGCUUUUCCUUGCGAAUAACAGUGUAACAGCCUGAAGCGGGAUAAAGGAUCUUAGUGUCACACACAAUUCAAAAACUAACAGAAAGCCGCAAAGCAGACAGACGCCUCACGUAAAUCCCGUUUUUUUCUGUUCACCACACACUGCCACGAUACGACACCAUUCGCAACAUAUACUAUACCGUUCCAUUCUUUCAUCGGCUUUAGAGGAACCACCAAAACAACGCGUAAAUUACAAAUAUUUCCUUACCUUUUAGUUUAUGAACUCAACAACCGAAAACCUAAACGACGCACUGCUCGAAGAAGUCAUUCAUAAUUGAUAGCACGAUUGUUUCAACAUUAAAAAGCGCCAAAAGCCAUAACUUCACACAUCAGUUACAAAGGAAUAAAUAGCCUUUAGGGAUCAUUGUUUUGUAAAAAUAUGGAAUUGCGGGUUGGAAAUAAAUAUCGCUUGGGUCGUAAAAUUGGCUCAGGAUCGUUUGGGGAUAUUUAUCUUGGAACCACAAUCAAUACGGGCGAAGAAGUUGCCAUAAAACUAGAAUGCAUUCGUACGAAACAUCCCCAACUCCACAUCGAGUCGAAAUUCUAUAAAACCAUGCAGGGCGGCAUAGGUAUACCGCGUAUUAUCUGGUGUGGCUCAGAAGGUGACUACAAUGUGAUGGUGAUGGAGUUGUUAGGUCCAUCAUUAGAGGAUCUAUUCAAUUUCUGUUCCCGACGUUUUUCAUUAAAAACCGUUCUAUUACUCGCCGAUCAGAUGAUAUCUCGCAUAGACUACAUACACUCUCGGGACUUCAUACACCGAGAUAUAAAACCGGACAACUUCCUCAUGGGUUUGGGUAAGAAGGGCAACCUUGUUUAUAUAAUUGACUUUGGACUAGCGAAAAAAUUCCGCGACGCCCGUUCACUGAAACACAUACCAUACCGGGAAAAUAAAAAUCUCACCGGCACUGCCCGCUAUGCGUCGAUCAAUACACAUUUGGGCAUUGAACAGUCUCGUCGUGACGAUUUAGAAUCCCUCGGUUACGUGCUGAUGUAUUUCAAUUUGGGUGCACUGCCAUGGCAAGGUUUGAAGGCAGCUAAUAAGCGUCAAAAAUACGAACGCAUUUCGGAGAAGAAACUUUCUACGACGAUAUUGUCAUUGUGCAAAGGUUUCCCCAGCGAAUUUGUAAAUUAUUUGAACUUUUGCCGACAAAUGCACUUUGAGCAGCGACCGGAUUAUUGCUAUUUAAGAAAACUCUUUCGUAAUUUAUUCCAUCGUCUUGGCUUUACCUAUGACUACGUAUUCGACUGGAAUCUGCUAAAAUUUGGCGGCCCGCGCAAUCCACAAGCCAUACAACAGAAUCAGGAUGGUGGUGGUGAAUGCCAACAGGGACAAGAAGCGUCUGCAACACAGCAACAACAACAUCAACACAAUCAAAAACAAAUAGCUGGUGGUGUCGCUGCCAUAGGUAGUGCACAAAUCAUGAAUUCGGGCGGUGGAGCACAGACAUUGGUCAGUAGUAGCGGGGCAAUGGUCGGAGGUGGCGGCACUUCCCAAAUGGUUGUGGGCAGUGGCACUGGUGGUGGCGGUCUUAAUAUGGAUGAUUCAAUGGCGGCCACAAACUCAUCGCGUCCUCCUUACGAUACGCCCGAGCGACGACCAUCGAUUCGGAUGCGUCCAGGUGGUGGUGGUGGCGGAGGUGUCGGAUGUGUGCAACCGAACGUUGUCAACGACGUGAGAAACGCGAAAUAAUAUUUUAUUGUUUAGAUUUCAACUACAUACUAUAUACAUAUAUAUAUUUAUAUAUAUAUAAAUACACACAAUUGAAACUAGUUAAUAGAGCAUAGGUCAGGUCGUCUUCAUCUAGUUUAGCAGUUUUAGAUUUUCAAAUUCGUUUAUUCACUUUACUCACUGAGUAAUGACAGUCGUUGUAGACAUUGCAAUGCUUCAAAAUAAGUGCCGACCAAUAAACGAUGAAAGCAAAAAAGUGGCAAGGAGAUUACUUGUGAUCCUAAAAAAUCCCCAUCCCACAUUUAUAGCGAGCACUUUCAGCGAUAUUAUUUUACAUGAAUCAAAAAAUAAUAAUUAUAAAAAUUACAAGCGUAAGCAUUAGUAAUGCCAACUUAUUUAUAAAAAGAACUGCAGUAAACUGAUUAGUUAGCGCAACAAACGCAUCGGCGCAAAACAACAACUAAAUACUUUCUAUUAAUCCGUAAUUAUACGAGAAUCUGAAUACAUAUUGUUUGUAUUCGAUGUAAGUGCACAUCCACACACUUUAUAUAUAUGUAUACCAUAAUGUAUAUUGCAUAUAUGCAUAAAUGCUUAAAUAUAUAUUAAAAUACCUUUAAUAUUUAAGUUUAUAUUCCUAAAUCGAAGCUUCUCCUCUUGACAUUUUAAAUCUGAAAUUACAGAAGAAACAUUAACAAGAAUUAAGUGGGGCAUUCGACAAAAUGAAACAGUACACAAUUGAAGUAGUAGAAAAACAUAACUAGGGUGUAUUCUUAAAAAUAGCAAAAUGAAACGAAGUAUGUAUGUAACUAACAUUAACAAUAAUUAUAACAUAAAAACCAUUGGACAUGUACGCGGAUGAGUCAUACUAUGGACUAACUUUGUAAAUGAGAAAUUCAAUGCUGCAUAUAAAACUUGUAAUUCGUGCUAAAUGUGAUGAAUACUACUCUACAUAUACUAGGUGUAGCUGUGAAGAAAUAAAUUUAUAAAGUACAUUUGCUGUAGCUGAACUCAUCCACCCAAAAUAUACAUGUACACAAAUAGUUUUGCAUUGUAUGUAUAUUUAUAUAUAAUCAUUCUUUAAGUUCCAUACCUAUUAAUUCUUUUAUAUUAAAAACAAAGAAAAAAUAUUUGAAAAAAUACCUUAUUUUGAGAAUUAAAACUUUAUUUUUUCUCUUAAUUUUUGCUGAAAUUAUUGAACGGAACUUUAAAAGCUCCUGUUUUUACAUGCAAGUGAAAUAUAUUGAAUAUAACAAGAUACGAUUGCUUUAGGAUCAUACAAGACAAUUGUAAUACACUUUUAUAAAAAUUUCGAUAUUUUUUUAACUUGAACAAGAGUUUUUACAAAACUUUGGAACCAUUUUAACAAGCAAUUUGCUCGUUUUCCUCAUUUAAUGAAAUUAACAUAAUGGUUAAAAUUUAAUUUUGUCGCUGAAAAUUUUAUUGAAUAUCUCUGAAAUACGUAUAUUUCGUACAGCUUUAUUAAAACUAAAAAUAUGUAUAUAUUGUAAUUAAUGCACACAGAAGAACGAAAUACAAUCGGGCUUUUGAUUAUAAUGCUUCGAAAGUGACACAGUGAUUGUUUAUAAUAAAGUUUGUGUGCUGAAGAGGAAGUAGGUAUGUAUUUUUGACAUCUGCAUUUAAAAUUAUAAUUUCUCUAUAAAGCCUAAAAUGGUGUCAAUACAUAACUUUGUUUAUAAAUUUUCAUUUGCUCGAAUACAUACUGAAAAAUUUGAACCAAAUGCUAGAGAUUAAAGAUCAAUCAAAAAAAUCAAUUGCUCCAGAUACAAGGCUUAUACAAAUAACAAAAUAAUACGAUUAUGAGUAUAUAUUAUAUAUUGUUUACUUGAAAAUUUUAAGUAAGAAAUAUGGAAUGUUUUAUAUACAUAUGUAUAAAGGGCAUAUCUUUUUCGUUGUCAAUGAUUUUAAUGCAUAAAUCCAAGCUAGUUUUAUAACAAUAGAACCACUUUAAACAUAAUUAUUAAUGCAAUAAAUAUAAAAUAUUUGAUAAAGCCAAUUAAAAAACAAAAUCGAACAUUUAAAUAUAUUAGAAAUUACAUAUGUAUAUGCAUAUAUAUGUUUAAUAUACAAAUGUGGAAUAAAGCUUAACAAAAACAUUUAUUAAUUUUAAUUAAAACUAAACUUACUAUAAGUAGUUAUAUGUAAACUAUUUAAUUACGAAGUAAAUUUACUUAGAAUGCGCUAGAAAUGUAAUAUAUCUAAAUACAUAUUUCAUAAGAAACAUAGUAACAAAAAUUAUAAAUAUAAAAUACCUUAAAAACUGAAACAUAAAAACAUCAAAAAGAAAACAAAAAAGAACACAACUAAAUGUAUCUUUAAUAAUUAAUGCAACAGGCAAACGACAAAGGACACGUAGAUGGAGUCCCUAAUUAGCUAUUAGUAACUGAUAAAUAUUUAAUUUAAUUCAAUUCAAUGCAUAUAAAUACGAGAUAUGAAAAUAAAACGUAACUAUAUGAAUUAACAGUA